UUCUCAAGAAUGGCAAUGGUAUACAUUCUUUCUUUCAAGUCAUGUUUAUUUACUGACAGAAGUGACUGAGAAUAUUUUCCCGACCGCGAAUUCUAACUUCAUUUUCGCUAAUUUUAUUUCCUUGUAGAAAUUUAAAUAUAUUUCAUAAAGUAAAUCAUAGUAUUCCUUUUCUGUUUUCUCUCUAAGAUAAAGAGUAAGUAAUCAAGAUGCCUGCUGCUGAUCCACCAAUAUCUAAAGUCAUUGUUCAUCCACUUGUUCUUCUAAGUGUUGUAGACCAUUUUAAUCGUAUGGGGAAAAUUGGUAAUCAGAAAAGAGUUGUUGGCAUUCUUCUGGGAUCUUGGAAAGGAAAAGGCAUUUUGGAUGUGUCAAACAGUUUUGCAGUUCCAUUUGAUGAGGAUGAUAAAGACAAAAGUGUCUGGUUUUUAGAUCAUGAUUACCUUGAAAACAUGUACAGUAUGUUCAAAAAAGUAAAUGCUCGAGAACGUAUUGUUGGAUGGUACCAUACUGGUCCUAAACUUCACCAAAAUGAUAUUGCUAUUAAUGAACUGGUUCGCCGAUAUUGUCCGAAUUCUGUGUUGGUUAUUAUUGGAGCUAAACCGAAAGACCUGGGAUUGCCUACUGAGGCUUACAUAGCUGUUGAAGAAGUUCAUGAUGAUGGAACUCCAACAAGCAAAACAUUUGAGCAUGUUCCAAGUGAAAUAGGAGCUGAAGAGGCUGAGGAAGUUGGUGUUGAACAUCUCCUAAGAGACAUCAAAGAUACCACUCUAGGGACAUUGUCACAAAGGAUAACAAACCAGCUGAGAGGAUUGAAAGGAUUGCAUUCUCAGAUUGCUGACAUAAAGGAUUAUUUAGAUCAGGUGGUGACUGGAAAUUUGCCAGUAAACCACACAAUCAUCUAUCAGCUUCAAGAUAUUCUCAAUCUCCUCCCAGACGUCACCAUCCGGCAAUUUGUGAAGUCCAUGCACGUGAAAUCAAAUGACCAGAUGCUGGUCGUUUACCUGGCAUCUCUGUCCAGAUCUGUGAUAGCCCUGCACAAUCUCAUCAACAACAAAAUCACCAACAGGGAUGCGGAGAGAAAGGAAAGCAGUAAAAAGGAAGAUGUGAAAGAAAGGAAAGAUAAAGAAGAAAGUAAGGCAGAGGAUAAGAAGAAAGAUGUCAAGAGUAGCUGAACUUUUUCUUUUGUCUAUUAUUCAACAUUGUGCUUAACUAAUUAAACUAUUUUCUUUUUUCGUAA